UCGAUCUUCUUAGUUGAACCUCCCAAAGGGGAAGGCAAGGCGACUCACCUGUAGACAUGUAUAUCAUUGUUCCCAAAUGUCCCAGUUCUUUUGGAGAAGGCACGUCCACUGCUUCAUCAGGUCCUCCAAGGUUCACUUGAGGGUGUCAAGGAAGAAGGAGAACCUCCAACCAUGAAGACCUACCUUGUCGUUCUUGGCCUGCUGCUUCUGCUUAAAAAUGAAGUUUCCCCACUGACCUGCUUUGUGUGUGACAACCAGCGCACCAACCUGCGGUGUCUCCACUUCAGAGAGUGCAGUGAGGAAGAAGUGUUCUGCGUGACCGCUGUGGCCUCAUAUGAAUUUGGCAUGAUGACCUUCAAAAAGAGAAUCACCAAGAGAUGCUCGGCCUUUUGCCCAGAUCUUCACAUGGUGUUGGGCUUUGCUUCAUUUGGGACCUCUUGCUGCCAACGAUCCUGGUGUAAUAUUUGGGGAUCUCUAGGGGAGAAGAAUGCCACUCAGUGAUGGGAAUGGCCAACCAUUGUCCCGACCAGUUCUUCUGAUGACAGAACUUGAAGAAGAAUAAGAAGUUACCAAAGAAGGACAGGAGCUUCUUGGCUUUCAUCUCUUCGUAGGGGUUCCAGGAGAGGGACACAGGGUGAAGAGAUGUAGCCAAAUCUUCUCCACUUAUCCAGAACUCUCUAGAAUAAGUCCCAUCUCCACAUUUUGCAACUUGUGUUUUUAUAAAUAGGCGAAUGCUAAGAGAUAUACCUAGUAGCAAAAUCCUUCGUCGAAUUGCUCCAAUUCAUGACAUGCCCAUGUCCAAAAUGAUCUACCGUAGCUUUCCCCCAUUCAAAGAAAUUCUGAAAUUUAGGACCUCUCAUCGAAGAUGGUCUACCGUUGCUUCUCCCAUUCAAAGAAGUCGUGAAAUUUAGGGUCUUGCAUCAAAAAAAUAUUAUACGGUAGCUUCUCCCAUUCCAUUGAAGCUUGUGAAAUGUGGCGUCCCACAUCCAAAAUGAUCUACAAUUUCUUCUCCCACUCAACUGAAAUUUAGGAUCUCAUGUCAAAAAGUAUCUAGGAUUAUUUCUCCCACUCAAGGAACCUCUGAAUUGUUUUUUACAGUGAAAAGUUGUAUUUUGUGCUAUUAACAUGGUUAUAUUACUACGUUCUCACUGGAAAGUCUUCAGAUCAGUUCUAGGUAUAGCCUCGACUUAACCAUGGUUAACUAGCACUUGUCAAGAAGAAUGUCUAGAUUUUCAUAAUGCACGGAUCCAGGAAUGAAUGAUGUGGAUGAAAUUUGCAUUACACCAUGCUAGACUAUAAUUAUAUUUAAUAGAUUAUAUUAAAGGCCUGGUGACUAAAACUUAGGAAGAACUGUUGCAGAUUUGUGUUUGG